GUGGAGGACGCUGAAGAAGUCAAAAGAUAAACCUCCGUCACCUACUUUUAGGUGUGGUUUUGUUUAAUUUUAUUUCAGAAUUUAAUUUUCAUCAAAACUCAGGAAAUCUCGAGACAAAAUGGCUGGUAGACUGCCAGCUUGCGUUAUCGAUGUCGGCACAGGUUACACAAAACUGGGGUUUGCCAACAAUAAAGAACCUCAGUUCAUCAUACCUUCAGCUAUAGCCAUAAGGGAAAGUGCUAAAGUAGGGGAUCAAUCUAGUCGAAGGCUAUGCAAAGGAGUUGAAGAUCUAGAUUUUUAUAUUGGUGAUGAAGCAUUCGAUGCUACUGGUUAUUCUGUGAAGUAUCCAGUGAGACAUGGGCUUGUUGAAGAUUGGGAUCUUAUGGAAAGGUUUUUAGAGCAAUGCAUUUUUAAAUAUUUGAGGGCAGAACCAGAAGACCACUAUUUCCUUUUGACAGAACCUCCCUUAAACACACCAGAAAAUAGGGAAUACACAGCUGAGAUAAUGUUCGAAUCAUUCAAUGUUCCUGGAUUAUACAUCGCUGUUCAGGCUGUGCUGGCGCUGGCUGCCAGUUGGAUAAGCAGAAGCAUCGCAGAUAGAACAUUGACAGGUAUUGUGAUCGACAGUGGAGAUGGAGUUACUCAUGUUAUACCUGUGGCUGAAGGUUAUGUCAUUGGAAGCUGCAUCAAGCACAUUCCCAUAGCAGGGCGCAACAUCACCUAUUUCAUUCAGUCAUUGCUAAGGGAAAGAGAAAUUGGAAUUCCCCCUGAACAGUCCUUAGAAACUGCCAAAGCAAUAAAAGAAAGAUACAGUUACAUAUGUCCAGACAUAGCUAAAGAAUUUGCAAAGUAUGACAGUGACCCUGGUAAAUGGAUGAAAACAUAUGAUGGAAUAAAUUCUGUGACAAAACAACCCUUCCAUGUAGAUGUAGGUUAUGAAAGAUUUUUGGGUCCCGAAAUCUUCUUCCAUCCAGAGUUCUCAAAUCCCGAUUUCACCAUUCCGAUAUCUCAGAUAGUAGAUGACGUCAUACAGAACUGCCCAAUUGAUGUGCGAAGACCUCUUUAUAGCAAUAUAGUUUUAUCAGGUGGCUCUACAAUGUUCAAGGAUUUCGGUAGGAGAUUACAAAGGGAUAUAAAACGCACUGUUGAUGCAAGACUAAAACUGAGUGAAGCCUUGGCUGGAGGUGGUUUAACACCCAAGCCUAUUGAUGUUCAAGUUAUCUCUCAUCAUAUGCAAAGAUACGCAGUUUGGUUCGGUGGAAGCAUGUUAGCAUCAAUGCCCGAAUUUUACACAGUUUGCCAUACGAAAGCGGCUUAUGAGGAGUAUGGUCCCAGCAUUUGCAGACACAGUCCAGUGUUCAGUACUAUGACAUAAUUGAUAUUUUCCUUUGUAUUAUUUUAAUAUACUUUUUUUAUUGAAAUUUAUAGAUGCAAUGAACUCUAUUAAGAAAUAUAAUUUUAAUUGAAGUUGAA